AUGUGGAGUAGCAAGGAUGAGGAAGAUUGUAGCUGGCAUGAAGCUGGCUGGCAACCAAAUGAGUUUUUCUUCACUGCAACACCCGGGCCCCGGAGUGCUGCCGCGGAGCUGGAUUCAAACCAGCCAGCUGACUUCCUGGAGCUCUUUAUCACAGAUGAGCUUCUCCAACACAUUGCCGAUCAGACAAACCUGUAUGCUACUCAGUGUUUUCUGUCCCAGUCUGAAGGUCUGCCAUAUAGCAGAAGUCAUGCCUGGAAACCCGUGUCUGUCGCAGAACUGAAAACCUUCUUUGGACUCACUUUUCUCACCAGUUAUGUCAAAAAACCAAGCGUUUCACUCUACUGGAGUAUGGACGAGAUUGACGCAACACCCCAUUUCGGCCAGACCAUGCCAAGGAACAGAUUCCAGACUAUUUGGAAGUUCCUUCAUUACAACAACGAUGUCUCACAGGACGACAGUGACAAAAUGUACAAAGUCCGCCCAGUGCUGGACUACAUUGUGGAAAAGUUCAAGGAGCUGUACCAACCAGGGCAAAAUAUUUGCAUUGACGAGGGUAUGAUGCAGUGGAAGGGGCGCGUGUCCUUCAGAGUGUACAACCCCAAAAAACCUGUGAAAUAUGGAAUCAAAUCAUACAUACUUUGCGACUCUGCCAGUGGGUAUUGUUUCAAUAUGCAGCCUGAUGUCAAGGAAGCUCGUACUACAUCGGAGAUUGUGUUCUCUCUCCUUGAUCGCCUCCCAGGUCACGGUUAUACACUGUAUAUGGACGAUUCCUACAAUUCCGUAGCAAUGUGUGAGCUUUUACUGGGAGCGGAAACCAAUGUCUGUGGAAUACUGAGGAAGAAUAGGGGGGAACCUCAGAUCUUUAGGACGGUGAGAAAGAAUGAAUUGGGGGUGGAGGAGAAGCUUGUGCGGCAUAAUAAGAGGGUAAUGGUAGUAGCGUGGCAGGGCAAACGGUUGGUGUCAACUUGCCACCAAGACAGGAUGCAGAAGGUUGAAGUGUCGUGGAAGGGACACAAAGACAAGGGUCCUAGAUUGAAGCCAGAGUGUGUUGUUGCAUACAACUCCUCUAUGAACGGAGUGGAUAAGUUGGACCAAAGCAUUACAUACUACCCCUUCGUCCGAAGGUCACUGAACUGGUCCAAGAAGUUUGUCGCCUACCUGUUUCAACUAUGUAUGUUUAAUGCUCAUGUCAUAUACAAUGCCAAGCACCCAGAGGAGUGUAGAACCCUCUUGGAGUUCAUGCGCAGCGUAGUCAAGUCCUGGACUGUGAAGCGAAAUGUGUUGGCGCAGGUGAAAAAGGAGGAGGAGGAACGUGCGGUCGCCAAGGUUGACAGUUGUGGGGACUGGGAGGACCGCCGGGGUUCAAAAAGGGCCCCGCAUAGAAUUGACCCGGACAGCAGGCUUGACGGACAGCUUGGCAAACACAAACUCGAAUAUCUGAAACCAGCUGCCAAGAGCGAGAAUGUUUUACAGCUUAUCACACCAAGCAGAACUAUUCUGGAUCAGUGUGAAAACACAGCUUCACUAUAG